CUUUAAGACGCCGUGUCGUCAUGGUAACAUUCAGGAAAUGCUGCAGAGCAUGUUUCCACGCUCAGGUUUUGGACAUUAAACUUUUCAUUUAAGGGUUUUUUCUGUGAUUGUGCUGUUAAUAUUGGUGCUUUAUAUUCGACACAAGAAGAUGAGCUGCAGUGAGGAUCACACAGAGUCUGUGGACUGCACCGUCAAACCUCCCGUCUUUCUGCAGAUUGGAGACACUAAAGGAGACUCGGCACGCUCUGGUGUCUGCGUGGUCGAUGUCACCCUUCCAUAUGGAAAACCCAUCAAUAUUGAGAAAAUCACCUUUAAGAACUACUACACAGCGUAUGUGACUGUGCGUCUGUUGAGGAGGAAGGCUGAGAAGGAGGGCUCCACCAAGUGGUGCACCGCCCUGACUGACCUGGCCCUGAUGGACAACCCCCACACCGAUGGCGGCUCCCAAAACUACUUCUCUAUUCAUCGGAGGCAGAUGCAGGUGCAGCCGGACCACGUAGAGUCCAUCAGGCUGAUCCUGAGACAGCCGUCCUCCGCCUGGCGGAUCUUCAGCCUGGAGGACAUAAGGCUGUUUCCUCACAAAGAGCUGGCUCCAGAAAAGGAGGUUUCUGAUUGGCUAUCGGACCUGAUUGUGGUCAAGCAGCCUCCUGAUUUAGAGGGUCUCCCAGACCCCCAGACUGUUUCUUCCAGUAUUCAGCAGAUGUGGGCUCUGACUGAAGUGAUGCAGGCCAACCGCACCACCGCCUCCAUAGGCCGCUUUGAUGUUGAUGGAUGCUACGACAUUAACUUGCUUUCUCUGACGUAACCGCAUCAUUAUGCUGGAAUAUGAAGGUUCAUCUUUGCUCUGAAGCUGCUACAAACUGCUAAGGCAUCAUCUGCAGCUUCAUCCUGCUGUCUUCUCAUCAUGUUAAUCAAUAAAUUCAUGUUUUGUUUGUU